AUCUAAAAUAUAAAAAUAUUUUUUGUAACUUAUAUUUCAAUUAAACACAAUUUUUGUAUAAAAUUUGUGCGGAGGAACUCUUCUAUACGGUCUCUGCGCCUUACAACACUGCUAACAGCUGAGUCAGCGUCCACUGUCAUCGUUUGGCGGAUUAUUUUGCAAUUGCAUUCUAUUAUUCUUUACUAUUUAAAUUUAUUUAAUUUUCUCCAAAAAUUAUUCAAAAAUGGCACCAUCUUUUGAGGGACGUACAUUUGUAAAUGGUGGCAUGCUGCGGAAAUUCAAUGGCCAAAAUGUGAGCAUAUUCCUGCGCAUUGAAGAGGAAGCCGGUACAAAUCUGGUGGGCAUGUCGACGGACAAGCAAAAAAUUCGCGUUAAACUGCAUGAUUCUACCGGUGGACGUAGCGGAAGUUGGGUGGAAAUCAUUGGCAAGCCAAUGGGUAGUGAUGUUAUCGAUGCUAAAGAGUCCAUUUUAUUUGCUGAAGACGAUCCGGAACUCGACGAAGACGCCUACAAUAUGAUGGUAGAGUUUUUGAACAACUGCAAAGAGCUAUACAGAAGUGGUUAAAACCGUUAAAUAUAAAGUUUUUGUUAUAUGCAGUUAUUGGUAAUCGAAAAUAUAAGUUUGGUGCGUUAAUCAGAAA